UUGUUCAUGUAUCAUAUAUUUAUAAGUCCUAUCAACGAUACGACGCCGUUCAACCGGCUUCAAUCCUUGCACCGAAACUGCCCUCAAUUGAACUGACGUUUUUAUCCUCCUCAACGGACCGCCCAAAUCGAAGAUAUUGAGGGUACUUUGGUCAUUAAAAUAAGAAUGAAAGGAAGAAGAAGAAAAAGGGCCAGAAAUCUAGCUCACUGUGCUUAACUGCAUUAGAUUGAGUGAGUCAUGGACGAGUCAAGCGACUCGGUAUGCAUAGACAUUGGCAUGGCUCCUUUGGGAGGGAAGGAAUGUGUGGUGAAAACAACUAAAGGUUCAGUGUCUGUGUUUGUGUGUGGUGAUCAAGAGAAACCUCCUUUGGUAACAUACCCAGAUAUUGCUCUUAAUUUCAUGCUUUGUUUCCAAGGCCUAUUCUUUUGCCCAGAUGCAGCUUCUUUGUUGCUUCAUAACUUCUGCAUUUAUCAUAUCAAUGCCCCUGGGCAUGAGUUAGGAGCUCAUGAAAUUUCUUCAGAUGUUCCACUGCUUAGUGUAGAUGACUUAGCCGAGCAAGUUGUGGAGGUGCUCGAUUUUUUUGGACUGAAAAAAGUACUGUGCUUGGGAGUGACUGCUGGUGCUUACAUCCUCACACUCUUUGCGAUGAAGUAUGAAGAGCGGGUGCUUGGAUUAAUACUUGUCUCCCCUAUUUGCAAAGCACCUUCUUGGGCAGAGUGGUUUUACAAUAAGGUGUUCAUGAACUUGUUGUACUUCUACGGAAUGUGUGGAGUGUUGAAGGAGUGCCUUCUUCAGCGAUACUUCAGUAAGGAAUUUAGGAGUGUCAAACAUGGUGAAGGGCUGGACAUAAUUCAAGUUUGCCGACAGGUCUUGGAUCAGGGCCAAAGUUUAAAUGUCAUGCGCUUUUUACAAGCAAUUAAUGAGAGGCAUGACCUUACAGAGGGCCUGAAGAAUCUGCAGUGUAAAACACUUAUUUUUGUGGGUGAAAGUAGUCCUUUCCAUGCUGAAUCUGUGUUUAUGAGUACUGUAAUGGGCAGCAAAAGCUGUGCUCUUGUCCAGGUCCAGGAAUGCGGCUCGUUGGUAACAGAAGAAUACCCAUUAGCCAUGUUGAUUCCAAUCGAGUUCUUUCUAAUGGGGUUAGGAUUCUAUAGACAACCAGACUUUGCUUCUUUAUCAAGUGGUGGCUCAAAUCCUACUAGCCCCUCAAGGCACUCUUGCAUAGCGCCAGAACUUCUUUCUCCUGAAAGCCUUGGUAUCAAGCUAAAACCAAUUAAAACCCGUGCAAAUAUUGAAAAUCGACACUGUAUGUAAAAGUUUCUAUCUCACAGAGUGAUCCCUUUAACGUGCAAUAAUGAUAGCUUAUUCUUUCAUUGUGUUUGUAGAUGUAUUAAUUCUUUGUUAAAAUGGUGGAGAUGAAUGCAUUAUGUUAGCACAGAUUAACACACAUAUGAUAUAUAUAUCAUAGUUGGAACACUAUUCUUUGGAGAGGGAGGAUUAUUCUUUUCCUGUAAACUAUGUCCAAGUUGUGCACAUUACCACAAUAUUGUAACUGAAAAAUUUUUGUAGUACAGCUUGUUGAGUGCUUAAGAGAGAA